GGGUUGAACUCAGCAUUGUUGUCAUGGGGGUCCCCAGGCUGGGCCCCAGGGCUGGGAGAGAAAGGAGUUGGGGAGCUCCCACAGUGGAGCUAUGAAAUGGCACGGCCCCUACAGCCUGGUCCUUGAACCUCUGACCCCUUCCUACCACCACCCCACCUGAACUGCUGCCUGACUCCAACCUCAGCCAGGACACUUCGCCUCCCUGGCCUUGGUUUCCUGGUUUGUACAGUGAGGGGGUGGGACCCUGUCAGCUCUGAGCAUUCUUGAUAUUUUGGGCAGGACCUGCUACAUCAUUUGCAGGGCCCAGUGCGAAAUGAAAGUGUGGAGCUCCUGGAACAAGAUCAAGACUUUCAAGACGGCAGCAGCUGGGCAUUAGACCGAGCGUGGGGACCUGUGUGACUGCGCAGGUCACAUGCCCAGGAAGCCAGCCCUGGCUGUGGGCUCUGCAGGCUGCAGCAAGGGAGAUGGCAGUGUAACUUGGGAUCUGACUCCUGAGGCUCUGGUGCAAGACAAGCAGUGGUAGCGGCAGGGUGCCCUUCCUCCCCACCAGGCUCCUCCAGGGAGCUAGACCAGAAAGCCCUUGUGGAGACAGGGGGUGGGACCUGUACCUGAUGGCCUUUCUUCAGAGAGGUUUCUGUUUCCUCUUGAGUCAGGAAUCACCCUAGAGGCACUGUUUCUUAGCCCAUAGGAGCUAGAACUUGCCACCCCCCACCCUACACACUUGCCUUCUCCAUGCAAGUGGCUCAGAGCUGAGUUUCCCCGACUAGGGCAGGAGUAGGACUCCUGAGAGACAGUGUAGCUAAGGGAGUCACUCUGGUAUGAGGCAGAUAUGAGUUUAACUUGGCUUCUGGCUGUGUAACCUCCUUUGCCUCACUUUCUGUCAUCUUUAAAAUGGGAUUAUGGUGGUACCUAGCUAAAAUUGUUGGGUAGACCAAAGCCUGAUAAUGCAGACUUCAUAUUCACUGGAGAGGCUGGCGAAAGGGAGACUUGUUGCCAGAAGGAGAAUUCCUGGGUCUCUGGAGAAGGAGGAACUCGGCUCAGGGCAUUGAAUCUAACACUUCCAGAGAGGUGGGAAUAGGGCAAGGACUGGGAGGGUGGGGCUGGAACCUCCUUCCCCAAGCCCCACCCACCCUAUCAGAGCUCCUCCCAGAGACCCAGAAAAGACGAUUUGUUCAAGCAGAGAGGUCCCAGAGCAGGUUAGGCUCUGAGGUGGGGUCUGGGUGGGAGUUUCCCUUGAUUCUGAGAGUCUACAAAAUGUUCUCUGGGUGGCUUAGACCAUGGCUUCUCCCAAGGAUCUGGCAACAAGACUCCAUGAGAGUCUGGGGAAGUCUUAGAGCCGUCUGGUGACAGCCUCUGGCUGAGCAUGGCCCUUCCAGCCCUGGGCCUGGACUCCUGGAGCCUCCUGGGCCUUUUCCUCUUCCAGCUGCUUCUGCUGCUCCUGCCACCACCGACGACUGCACGGGGUGACGGGCAGGGGCCCACACCCAGGGUCAAAUACUACGCAGGGGAUGGACGCAGAGCUCUUAGCUUCUUCCACCAGAAGGGCCUCCAGGAUUUUGACACUCUGCUCCUGAGUGGUGAUGGAGACACUCUCUAUGUGGGGGCUCGAGAGGCCAUUCUGGCUUUGAAUAUCCAGGAUCCAGGGGUACCAAGGCUGAAGAACAUGAUACCCUGGCCAGCCAGUGACCGAAAAAAGAGUGAAUGUGCCUUUAAGAAGAAGAGCAAUGAGACACAGUGUUUCAACUUUAUUCGUGUCCUGGUCUCCUUCAAUGCCACCCAUCUCUACGCCUGUGGCACCUUCGCCUUCAGCCCUGCUUGUACCUUCAUUGAACUCCAAGAUUCCAACCUGUUGCCCAUCUCGGAGGACAAGGUUGUAGAGGGGAAAGGCCAAAGCCCCUUCGACCCCGCCCAUAAGCACACGGCUGUCCUGGCAGAUGGGAUGCUCUAUUCCGGCACCAUGAACAACUUCCUGGGCAGUGAGCCCAUCCUGAUGCGCACACUGGGAUCCCAGCCUGUCCUCAAGACGGACAAUUUCCUCCGCUGGCUGCAACCGGACGCCUCCUUCGUGGCAGCCAUCCCUUCGACCCACGUCGUCUACUUCUUCUUCGAGGAGACAGCCAGCGAGUUUGAGUUCUUCGAGAAGCUCCACACAUCCCGGGUGGCCAGAGUCUGCAAGAACGACGUGGGCGGCGAAAAGCUGCUGCAAAAGAAGUGGACCACCUUCUUGAAGGCCCAGCUACUCUGCGCCCAGCCGGGGCAGCUGCCCUUCAACAUCAUCCGUCACGCUGUCCUGCUGGCAGACAAUUCCUCCACCGAUCCCUAUGUCUACGCUGUCUUCACCUCUCAGUGGCAGGUUGGUGGGACCAGGAGCUCUGCUGUCUGUGCUUUCUCACUCAAGGACAUCAAGCAUGUCUUUGAGGGGAAGUAUAAGGAAUUGAACAAAGAGACUUCACGCUGGACUACUUACGGGUUCUCUGAUAUCAGUCCUCGGCCAGGCAGCUGCUUGGAGGGCCCCUCCUCUGAUAAAGCCUUGACCUUCAUGAAGGACCAUUUCCUGAUGGAUGAGCCGGUGGUGGGGACACCCCUGCUGGUGAAGUCUGGUGUGGAGUACACACGGCUUGCGGUGGAGACAGCCCAGGGCAUCGAUGGGAAUAGCCAUCUGGUCAUGUACCUGGGCACCAGCACAGGAUCCCUCCACAAGGCUGUGGUGAGUGGGGACAACAACGCUUAUCUGGUGGAGGAGAUCCAGCUGUUCCCUGACCCUGAGCCUGUUCGCAACCUGCAGCUGGCCCCCACCCAGGGCGCAGUGUUUGCAGGCUUCUCAGGAGGCAUCUGGAGGGUUCCCCGAGCCAACUGUAGUGUCUACGACAGCUGUGUGGACUGUGUCCUUGCCCGGGACCCUCACUGUGCUUGGGACCCAGAGUCCCAAAUCUGCCGCCUCCUGCCCACCCCCAUCCCGAAGUCCUGGAAGCAGGACAUGGAGCGUGGGAACCCAGAGUGGGCAUGUGCCAAUGGCCCCAUGGGCAGGAGCGGAAGGCCUCGGAGCCGCCCCCAAAUCAUUAAAGAAGUCCUGGCUGUCCCCAACUCUAUCCUGGAGCUCCCCUGCCCCCACCUCUCAGCUCUGGCCUCUUACCACUGGAGUCACGGCACAGCAGCGAUCCCGGACAUCUCUUCCACAGUCUACCAUGGCUCCCUCUUGCUGCUACUGCGAGAUGGGGUGGGGGGUCUCUAUCAGUGCUGGGCCACUGAGAAUGACUUCUCAUACCCUGUGGUCUCCUACUGGGUGGACAGUCAGGACCAACCCCUGGCCCUGGAUCCUGAACUGGCGGGCAUUCCCCGGGAACGCAUGGAGGCCUCGCUGACCACAGUCGGUGGUGGGGCUGCCCUGGCUGCCCCGCGGUCCUACUGGCCCCACUUCCUCACCGUCACUGUACUCCUUGCCUUAGUGCUUUCAGGAGCCCUCAUCCUCCUCCUCGCCUCCCCUUUGGGGGCACUCCGAGCCCGGGGCAAGGUCCAAGGCUGUGGGACCCUGCCCCUCGGGGAGAAGGCCCCAUUGAGCAGGGAGCAGUGCCUCCAAUCCCCCAAGGAAUUCAGGACCUCUGCCAGUGAUGUGGACGCUGACAGCAACCUCCAGGGCACUGAGGUGGCUUAAACUCUGGGUACAAGCUGGAGCUGUCGGGUAGGGCAGGGCGCCUGGCCGUGCUGGCUGGGGGUACCGGGAGCAGUGCAGCCCUGACUAGGGUGGGAGUAGCACAAAAGACCACCUUCCUCCCACAAGAGGACCUUCUCUGCCAUUCUGUGCCACCGAUAGCACUCAGUGGGACUGGGCACAGCGGUCUGACUCCCCUAUGGGACUCCCUUCUGCCAAGCACGUGGCCUCUCUAAUGGGGGCUGCCCCAGACCUGGACCUAGGCUAUGAUAGGAGGACCUAGAGAGGAUCCUUCAGUUCUGGCCAUUCCGGGAUCUUCCAGAAACAUACUGCUACAGGAGACCCUAAAACACCAAACACCUAAGCAACUGUAAGAUGGCACACCACACCUGGAGACUCCACUCUAAAAGCAGCUGUCACCUUGGACACCAACACUCCCCUCUCCCAAGGCUCUCCAGGACUCUGCAGGGAGCUGCUCCCUUCCUGCUCCCCUUAUCAACUCAACCAGGGAGGCCUUUCCUGAAGUCUCACCUCCUUCCGUCUUGCUUCAGUUGGGGCAGAUUUAACCCCUUCUGGCCUGGCUAGAGCACAGGGGUAAUCUGAGCCUUGUUCACUCCUUUUCCCUGUCUGACCCCUGGACCCCUUUCCUCUCCCCUCUCCUUUGUUUUGGGAUUCAAAAACGACUUGUCACAGACAGUUUAUUUUUUAUUAAAAAGACAAAGCUUA